GCCCCAGCCGCAGCAUGUAACUGAGCGGGGGCUCGUGUUGUCCCCUCGCCCCGCGGCCGGAGGCGACGCGGGCAACUUUCCCUGCGGGUGGGAGGGUGGGUCAGGAGCCGCGGGAACAAUGACAGAGGAGAGCAAAGGGGAAGGGAAAGGGGAGAGCGGGAAGGACCUGGAGAAGCAGCUUCGCCUGCGGGUCUGCGUCCUGACCGAGCUGCUCAAGACGGAGCGGGACUACGUGGGCACCCUGGAGUUCCUCGUGUCGGCAUUCCUUCAACGAAUGAUCCAGUGUGCUGCAUCCAAAGUUGAUAAAAAUGUUACAGAGGAGACAGUUAAGAUGUUGUUUUCAAAUAUUGAAGACAUUCUUGCAGUUCACAAGGAUUUCCUGUCUCUGGUGGAAGACUGUUUGCAGCCUGAACCUACUGCGCAUCAUGAAGUUGGAACCUGCUUUCUUUAUUAUAAAGACAGGUUUCGUAUCUACGAUGAAUACUGUAGUAACCAUGAGAAGGCACAAAAACUUCUUCUUGAACUUAACAAAAUAAGAACAGUGAGGACUUUUCUUUUGAACUGUAUGCUGCUUGGAGGAAGAAAGAAUACAGAUGUUCCACUGGAAGGAUAUCUAGUAACACCAAUACAGAGAAUAUGCAAGUAUCCCCUUCUUUUAAAGGAGUUAUUGAAGCGGACUCCAAGGAAACACAGUGAUUAUGCAGCAUUAAUGGAAGCCCUCCAAGCCAUGAAAGCUGUCUGUUCCAACAUAAAUGAAGCCAAGAGACAAAUGGAAAAAUUAGAGGUUUUGGAAGAAUGGCAGUCUCACAUUGAAGGAUGGGAGGGGUCCAACAUCACAGAUACUUGCACGGAAAUGCUAAUGUAUGGAGUUUUGCUGAAAAUUUCUGCAGGAAAUAUCCAGGAGCGGGUCUUUUUUCUUUUUGAUAAUCUUUUGGUCUACUGCAAACGAAAACACAGGCGAUUGAAGAACAGCAAAGCAUCUACUGAUGGCCAUCGGUAUCUCUUUCGAGGCAGAAUAAACACAGAGGUGAUGGAAGUAGAGAAUGUAGAUGAUGGUACAGCGGACUAUCAUAGCAGUGGCCACAUUGUUGUUAAUGGCUGGAAGAUUCACAACACAGCAAAGAACAAAUGGUUUGUAUGCAUGGCAAAAACUCCUGAAGAGAAGCAAGAAUGGCUAGAAGCUAUUCUGAAAGAAAGAGAAAGAAGAAAAGGUUUAAAACUGGGCAUGGAACAAGAUACUUGGGUGAUGAUCUCAGAGCAGGGAGAGAGACUCUACAAAAUGAUGUGCAAACAAGGAAAUCUGAUCAAAGACAGGAAAAGAAAACUAACCACUUUCCCAAAGUGCUUUCUUGGAAGUGAGUUUGUGUCCUGGUUAUUGGAAAUUGGAGAGAUACACAAAGCUGAAGAAGGUGUACAUCUUGGCCAAGCUUUACUAGACAAUGGUAUUAUCCACCAUGUUACAGAUAAGCACCAGUUCAAACCUGAACACAUGCUCUACAGAUUCCGUUACGAUGAUGGAACAUACUACCCACGAAAUGAAAUGCAGGAUGUUAUUUCCAAGGGAGUAAGAUUGUACUGUCGUCUUCACAGCCUGUUUACUCCAGUAAUAAGGGAUAAAGAUUACCAUCUAAGGACCUACAAAUCUGUAGUUAUGGCUAACAAACUGAUAGACUGGCUGAUUGCGCAGGGAGAUUGCCGGACCAGGGAGGAAGCAAUGAUUUUUGGUGUAGCUCUUUGCGACAAUGGGUUUAUGCACCAUGUAUUAGAAAAAAGUGAAUUUAAAGAUGAACCACUGCUAUUUCGUUUUUUUGCGGAUGAAGAGAUGGAAGGGUCAAAUAUGAAGCACAGGCUCAUGAAACAUGACUUAAAAGUUGUGGAAAAUGUUAUAGCCAAAUCAUUAUUGAUUAAAUCUAAUGAAGGCAGCUAUGGUUUUGGUUUAGAAGACAAAAACAAAGUGCCUAUUAUUAAAGUAGUGGAGAAAGGGUCAAAUGCUGAGAUGGCAGGCCUGGAAGUAGGGAAAAAGAUCUUUGCCAUUAAUGGUGACCUAGUUUUUCUGAGACCCUUCAAUGAAGUGGAUUACUUUUUGAAAGCAUGUUUAAACAGCAGACAGCCCCUCAGGGUUCUUGUGAGCACAAAACCACGCGAGACAGUGAAGAUUCCUGACUCUGCAGAUGGGCUGGGAUUCCAAAUCAGAGGCUUUGGUCCAUCAGUUGUCCAUGCUGUUGGGAGAGGAACUGUGGCAGCUGCAGCUGGUCUCCACCCUGGACAGUGCAUAAUCAAAGUGAAUGGAAUUAAUGUCAGCAAAGAGAGUCAUGCAAGCGUUAUUGCCCAUGUUACAGCCUGCAGGAAAUACAGGCGUCCAAUGCAGCAAGAUUCCAUACAGUGGGUAUAUAACAGUAUUGAGAGUGCACAGGAAGAUCUUCAGAAAACAAACUCCAAGCCCCCUGGAGGUGAUGGAGGGGAUGUCUUUGACUGCAAAGUAGAAGAGGUAAUUGAUAAAUUCAACACUAUGGCAAUAAUUGAUGGGAGGAAAGAUCAUGUUAGUCUGACUGUUGAUAAUGUUCACCUGGAAUAUGGAGUGGUUUAUGAGUAUGACAGUACUGCUGGAAUGAAAUGCCAUGUGUUAGAGAAAAUGGUUGAACCAAAAGGCUUUUUCAGCUUGACAGCCAAGAUUCUUGAGGCACUGGCAAAAAGCGAUGAACAUUUUGUUCAGAAUUGCAACAGCCUGAAUUCUUUAAAUGAAGUUAUCCCCACUGACCUCCAAAGUAAAUUCAGUGUUAUCUGCAGUGAGAAAAUUGAACAUAUAUACCGAAGAAUCUCUAGUUAUAAAAAGUUCUCAAGAGUGUUAAAAAACAGAGCUUGGCCUACAUUUAAACAAGCCAAAUCAAAGAUCUCACCACUUCAUAGCAGUGAUUUCUGCCCAACCAACUGCCAUAUCAAUGUGAUGGAAGUUUCCUAUCCUAAAACCUCAACUUCUCUUGGUAGUGCCUUUGGGGUUCAGCUAGACAGCAGAAAGCAUACUUCACAUGAGAAAGAAAAUAAAAAUACUGAACAAGGUAAACUGAAUCCCAUGGUUUACAUUCAGCAUACUAUUACCACCAUGGCAGCCCCAUCAGGACACUCCCUAGGUCAACACGAUGGCCAUGGUCUGAGAUACCUAUUAAAAGAAGAGGACUUAGAAACACAAGAUGUCUAUCAGAAAUUGCUGUGCAAAUUGCAGACUGCAUUGAGAGAGGUGGAAACAUGUGUCUGUCAGAUAGAUGAUCUCCUCUCUUCGAUAACCUAUUCUCCCAAAUCAGAACGUAAAACACCCGAGGCUUUAAUACAAGCAGACAGUGACAAUGACAAGGGAGAAAAGAAUGGGAAAAAGGUCUGUUUUAAUGUAGCUGGUGAUGAGCAGGAAGAUUCUGGCCAUGACACCAUCAGCAAUAGGGAUUCAUACAGUGAUUGCAAUAGCAACAGAAACUCCAUUGCCUCAUUCACCAGCAUUUGCAGUAGCCAAUGCAGUUCUUACUUUCACAGUGAUGAAAUGGAUUCAGGUGAUGAACUUCCCUUAAGUGUUCGCAUUUCUCAUGAUAAACAGGACAAACUCCAUAGCUGUUUGGAGCAUCUUUUUGGUCAGGUAGACUCAAUUGUCAAUCUUCUGAAAGGACCUGCUGUAGCGAGGGCCUUUGAACAGACAAAGUAUUUCACACCCGGACGAGGCCUACAAGAGUUUCAGCAGGAAAUGGAACCUAAACUUAGUUGUCCAAAGAGGUUACGACUUCACAUCAAGCAAGACCCCUGGAACCUUCCCAGCAGCGUCCAAAAUCUUGCACAGAACAUUAGAAAAUUUGUUGAAGAGGUGAAGGCAAGACUGCUGUUGGCACUUCUUGAAUACACAGAUAGUGAAAUACAGCUCAGACGAGACAUGGUCUUCUGCCAAAGUCUAGUAGCCACAGUCUGUGCUUUUUCUGAGCAACUAAUGGCUGCAUUAAAUCAGAUGUUUGACAACAGCAAAGAGUAUGAAAUGGAGACUUCAGAGGCCAGCAGAAGGUGGUUGGAACAGAUAGCUAAUGCAGGUGUUCUUCUUCAUUUCCAGUCAUUGCUGUCACCUAACUUGACGGAUGAACAAGCCAUGCUAGAAGAUACAUUGGUUGCAUUAUUUGAUCUGGAAAAAGUUACUUUUUAUUUCAGACAAUCAGAACCAGAACCAGUAGUUGCAAAUGUUCCAAUCACAUAUCAAGCGGAAGGAAGCCGGCAAGCCUUGAAGGUUUACUUCUAUCUUGAUAAUUACCAUUUUGAGCAACUUCCUCAACGGUUAAAAAAUGGAGGAGGAUUUAAAAUACACCCAGUACUUUUUUCACAAGCACUGGAGAGCAUGGAAGGAUAUUAUUACAGGGACAAUGUAUCAGUAGAAGAAUUUCAAGCCCAGAUCAAUGCAGCCUCACUAGAAAAAGUCAAGCAGUAUAACCAGAAACUCAGGGCAUUUUACCUGGACAAGUCAAAUCUGCCUCCAAAUUCAACAUCUAAAGCUGCUUAUGUAGACAAGUUAAUGCGGCCCCUCAAUUCUUUGGAUGAAUUUUACCGGCUGGUAGGGUCAUUUAUCAGAUCCAAGCGCACAGCUGCUUGUGCUUACACUGCUUGCAGUGCGUCUGGAGUUGGAUUGCUCUCGGUUUCUUCAGAACUUUGUAGCAGACUUGGAGCUUGCCACAUCAUAAUGUGCAACAGUGGAGUUCACCGCUGCACACUAAGUGUAACUCUGGAACAGGCUAUAAUUCUUGCUAGGAGCCAUGGACUACCUCCUCGCUAUAUUAUGCAAGCUACAGACGUGAUGCGCAAACAGGGAGCAAGAGUGCAGAACACUGCCAAGAAUUUAGGAGUGAGGGACAGAACACCACAGUCUGUCCCAAGAUUAUACAAGCUGUGCCAGCCUCCACCUCCUGCUGGAGAAGAGUAAGGAGAAAGAAUCAAAAUAUAAUAAACUGCUUUUAAGAUAUUGGACUAGAAAACAAAAUCAAGAUGCACUCUAAUGGGACAUGCCUGGUGAAGUGACAAGUAGAAUUUAUUUACUCAGGAUAAAGAAAUAGGUUGUCCUUAAAUAUUUCUCUGUCAUCAUUGGGUAACAGACUGUUGAAAAAUAUUUUUGGGCUCCAUGUACUGUAGUGUCACGUGAGUAAAAUUUGAACGCUGUGGGGAUUUUCCUGGAAAUUUUACACUGGAAUUUGCAGGUGACAUGGCCAGGUCAGCAACACAGUUGCCUUUUGCACAUAGACAGAAGUAUUAGAAAAGCCAUCCCAUGUGAACGACAUCAAAAUGUCAUCCAAGUCCACAGAGUGAACUCCAGGAAGAAGAAAAGUUUAAAAUUACCUAAAUGCAUUAUGCAUUUAUAUCUCUCUCACUGAUUAACUUGUGUCUUUCCCACUAAGAUACUGUUAUUAUGUUCUCCAAAAGUUUAGCAAUAAGAAAUUAACAUUUUUGGUCUAUGAAACAUGUACAUGUUAAAGACUAAGAACCUAACUACAAAUAGUCCCAAUGAGUUUGGAAUGACUAUGUGGAUCUAGCAGUCAAUGUACAAUAUGAAUUCCAACACAGUAAACUCAGUUACUUUAGUAAGAAUCCAUGGUCAUCACAGAUUUGAAAGAGCAUGUUAUUUCAUCUUGUAUAAAUGGUGCAACCCUUUAAAUUGCAUAAAAAUUAAAAUAUAGCUUUUGAAGAUACAUUGGGAGAGAGAGUGUGAUUGAUAUUAGGAGGGUGGUAUUAACAUAUCAUUAGAAGGAAGGUCAAACUUUAGCCUGCAGCAGCUGCUCUACUUUGUUGGGCUUCUAUAUUUCAGAAAUCUCCAUACAGUUGUGUUUAUCUUGUAAAGUAUCGUACAUGGUAUCAUGUCUAACCAGACUCGGUAAAGGGCUGUGCUCUAGCUUUGAACUGGAAAAUUUUGAAUUUUAUAGUAUGUAAGUAAAGCAUUGUGUCAAAUGUUUAUGUCAGCAUAUAAAAUAUUUUGUUGGCAUAAAGUUUUAUGGCUAUUGAAGUUGGUUUUGCAGACUGGUAGUUUCAUAAUUUUAUGAUUUUGAUUUUGUAGGAUGUUUUGAAUAUCUACAUGGAUCAGGAAAAACAUUAUUCAUGUUUAAUUAUUUUCUGCCAAAGUGUUUCCAGAGAAAAUAAACGUUCCUGAAAGAGCCUUCAUAUGUAUACACAUUAAAGUAGAAUUACAUUUAAAAAUAUUGCAUCUGGUAGUAGUAACUAGAUACUAGGGAGGGAUUAAUAUAAUCUAAAAAUGAAGUAUUAUGGCAAAUUAUAGUUCUAUAAUUGCACACAAACCUCUACAACAUAGUUUUUUCAGUUCUAUGUUGUCUGUUCACGUAUGAAAUUUCAGUAAAUGUAUUAACUCAGAAAUAGAUGAGAAUUCAGUACAAGCUGUAUUUUACAAAGAGUGUUCUUUCUAUAGGACAUAUAAUUGGUUUAUUACUUUUCUCCAAAGGAGAAGUUAGUACUUCUACAUUCUUCAGUAUUCUUGAUUUUAUAUGCAGAUAUUAACUUUGACAACAAAGUAAAUAUUUUUAUAUACACACAAAUGUAUGUGUAAAGACAUAUAUUAUAGUAGCAGUAUGUGUAUAUCUAGUUAUACCAGUUAUGUAGCCAUCCAAGCUUAAACAUAAAAUCUGUUAACUUCCUUUAACUGUGACAAAAAAUGAUACUGAACACUCUGUAAAGUCACAAUUUUCCCUCCAUUCUUGAAGUUUACAUCCUUCUGAUACUUGCUGGAAACUUUUUUUCAACAUUUUGAUAAACACGAAAUUCUACUUUCUUAAACUACAUAGGAAGUAGGAAAACCCAUUUUCUUUAUCUAGUAUGACUUAAUGCUUUUACAUAAGAAAAGAAUGGAUUUUGGUUUUAUACAGUUUUUGUUCUAGUCCACAAAUCUCAUAGUCUUAGACAUGUUUUAUUCAAAGGCAAUACUGGUUAAGAUUAUCCUUCCUCUAGGCAAGUAUUACCAAGUAAAUUUAGGCUUCUGCUUGCUCAGACACCAGAAAUGUGCAGAAGUCAAAGCUUUCUCAUGCUAGGUAUUAUACCACAAAUCAUGUAACACAUUUAGUUUGGCAGUGUCAGGCUUUACUAGGAGCAAGGAUUUCUUAGGGUGAUAUUUUUAUUGGACCAACUAUGCAGCUGGAAUAGAAUUAGACAGGCUUUUGAAUGUGAAGACAUUCUUGGUAAGGAACCUAAUUCUCGGUGUGAGAUUUGGCUACAAAAUCUUUUACUAAGAGACUGAGUGCUAUCAGCUGAAUGAAACUGAUACAGUUCUACAAGAGGAAAAUCUGUUGUAUGCACACACAUUAUUAGUGACUAAACUUACCGUCGAGCACUUUGGAACAUCAGCUGAGUCACAAUAAUGAUGUAGGAGUGCAAUACAUUAAACCUAUCAUAUUACACAUGUAAUGAUUUUAGUAUAAGUGGGGUUUUGGCACUUGAAAGUGCAGGUAAUAAAUGUUUGUUAAAUGCUAGCUGAGGACUGACAGCUAUUGGCCAAAAUCAUUGGACCAAAUUCUUCAAUUACAAUUUUUCUUGAGUAAGCACUGAAGGUAUUGACCCUCCGCUUUUGUAACUGUUGUUACAUUGUAUGUCUAAAUGACUAUUUAGUGGAGAAGAGGAAAGGUUUGAGUCCCCAGUUCUCUUUUGUUCUGAAAAAUAUAUAUGAGUUUACUUAACUCUCUGAACUUCAUUAUACAAAGCGCAUCCAGCCUCUAGCACCAAUGGCUUGUGCUGUGCAUGAAUUUAGAUAUUUAGGUUUGUAUUUUCAGAGGGCUUUAUGGAUUUAGGCCACAGUUUCCAAUGGGAUUUGGGGUUUGGAUUUUCAGAGGCACUGAAGAGGGUUAGGCACACAGCUUCCAUUGAAUUUCUAUGGGAAGUGGGUAUGUAACUUGCUUGGGCUCUUUUGAAAAUCAUAGUCAUGGCCAUUUUAGACUUUUCUGUAUCUCUUUACUUGCCCCUCUAUUUUCUGAAUUAAUCACACAUCCUAAUAUUUUUGGUUCACAGUUAGUUCAGCCAGGCAUUGAAGAAACCGUCUUACAAAUUACACAUUUACAUGUGUUUGUGACUAAAGCUAAUUAUAAUGUUGCGUAAACAUGUAGGAUAUAUUUACCCUUCCCACAGUGCAUACACAAUAAAAAAAUCAAUUUUCAGUUUACACAG